AAUAUACUGGAUUUAAUGUCAGAGGUCCACUGAGCCAUUUGAGAAGGGCCUGGUGAGGUUACUGGCCCAGGGAGACCAGUAUGAGCCCAGGGACCUGGAGAGGACACUACAGGAGAUGCUUCUGUCAGCCCCAGCAGCCUUCAGGCAGAGACUAGAGGUCUGCAGGUUCCUCCUCCCACACUGCAGCCACUAUAAUACAGUACCUCCUGGAAAGACCUGUAAGGCACCUGAGCACCUUAAAGAAGACUGCACUGAGCCAUCCAGUCAGGACCAUGACAUAGGUUCUCACCACCUAGGGCAUCAGACGGCGUGCAGCAGCAAGAGCCUAGGCCAGAGCACACUGAUGACAAAGAGCAGCCAGAGGGAGAGCCAGAGGCAUGCUGUUCACUCAGAGCACAAUGGAGUGAUGGAGAGGAGGAGGAAACCAGGCAUCAUGACCUGUAGGCCAGACCCACAUCAGAACGCAGAUGAGAAAUGGGCUUUCACUCCAGAAAAAAAGAGUAGAAGAAGACCUGGUGGAAGGAGAAGUGAUGGGGCUAAAGGCUACAUCCCCAGCAGCAUCAUCAGACCACAGUCAACACACAUGACCAGACAGGGUGCCAAGCCGGUCCAGAAUAAGUAUGGAGACACGUGGUCCGAUAGCUCCAGUACUCCCUUCAGUCCCCAGCACGAGGCACAUGAGAGCCUGGAUAAUGAGGACCUGGAGGACGAGAGAGACACUGCUGAGAGUUACUCAGACCACUCCGUCCAGGAGAAGAGGGCGAGUGAUCACAGCAGAGGGGAAGUUGUAGCUACUGUACACGCUAUAGUCCCUGUCCCCCACAGGGAAGAGCCAUCCUACACUGGCAGUCCCCUGAGUGUACACCCUCUAUCAAUGACGGUCCAGAAUGGGCAAACCAUGACAGACAGGACGGUCAUGGUCACUCCACAGCCGGGGGACGGUUCACCAGCAGAUGGGGCACUGACUGGGACCACCCCCAUGGUUCCUCAGGAGUCCAUCCCAAGCCAAGCUCCCCUGGGAGACUCUGAGAGGCAGAGGCACGUGUCUGCCCCCCUGAGCUCAUCUCAGCUAGCCAAUGCAGGCUCCAGCAUUUACCUAAUGCCCCAGUGUUAUAUGACCCCUACCAGCCCAGAGAGUAGAAGCACUAACCCCCAUCACCAGCCCCCCAUGAGUGUCAUCAGUGUCAUCCUCCUGACCUUCCACAUGUCCCCCCUGAGGCCAGCAUACACCAGCACUGACCCAGCCUCCACCGCCACCCUAGCCCUAGCAGCCUCUCUCCCUGACCCUAGCACCAGGACCCAAGCCCUGGCUGCGCCCACCAGCCUACCCACCCCUACCUCCGUGACACCCUCCUCAGGGGCCACUGUCACCCCAGCUGCAAUCAGCCAGGUUCAGGCCACUCUGCCCCCAGCCGUCCCCACUCACACCCCCGGCCCCGUGGCCAGCCCAGCCCUGACCCUCAUCCACAGCACGGCCCAGGGAGAUGGUACCUCCUGCAGCAGCUCUGGGGUGGCAGCAGGGCAGGCCCAGACCCAGCAAAAGCCACAGCCCCAGCAGCAGGCCCAUCCUCCACAGCAACAGCAGAUGAGCUGCAACUCCUGUGGUUGCCGUGGCAGCUGUGGUAAUAGCCACUCUGCCGCCCCCAACCCCAACUUCUCCUUCCCUCCCCAGCUGGGGCGCCAGGUCUUCAGCAAUGCCCACCUCCCUCUCUUCCACCUCCCAUCCAUGUGCAGCACUGGAUAUCCCAGCCACCACAGCCAGGUCCAACACCAGAGCAACGCCACCACCCAGCUACCUUUCUACCCCCCUCCACCUCACACAGCCACCCCCACCUCCUCGCCACCUCCACGCCACCCCCACCACAUGCUGGCCACCCAGGCUGGAUACAACCUGCAGCAGAUGGCAGCUGCUCCCUUUAACAGCUUCUACACGCCCAUGUUCGCUUCAUUGGGACUAGGACUGGGCACGGGCACGAUGAAGAGCAGUGCCAACGUCUCUUGCUAUAACUGUGGGCUAAGCGGGCAUUAUGCCCAGGACUGCAAACAGCCCUCCAUGGACGCCGGGCAGCAAGGUGACUUUCGGCUGAAGUACACGGCCCCCCCCCACUCCUUUGAAGCAGACCAAACUGACUGACAUGAGAGGGGACCAAGGCAAUGCUUUGUUUCGCACUACAGUAAAGAUUCCAGAAAAUGUUUUCAUGGGUUGAGUUUUUCACCAAUUGUAUUACUUUGCAAAUAUCCUGACUUGUUUCUCCGCAGAGAAUUGAAUCCUGUAUCAUUCUCAGACUUUUCAGAGGAUGGUGAUAUUUUGCACUGGAGACAAGUACAAGACAGGCUCACGUUUCCAGACUAGUCUAUUACUUUAAAGAAAGAGAACCACGUCUUUAAAUGGUGUGGUGGUAAACUUGCAUUUAAUAAGGAUUAAUGGAUUGACUGAAGGUUCUCAUAUCCACAUUUCAAAGCAGGUCUUUUUAGUACAUUUCAAUUAGUUUCUUACUUUUUUGUAUUAUCUCAUAGGUGUUCAAAAUGCAAGAUACAGUUUCAAAGCAGCUAGUAGUUAACCAGCUAAUUUUCAUUUAUUUGAGAACAAAAUAUAUGAAGAACCUCACGCUCUUAUUUUUGGGGGAUUGUGAUAAAGCGGGGAAAAGAUGCAUGGUUUACAAGAUAAAGUAUGUAUGAAAUAAUUAGUUUUUUGACAGAAUGUGCCAUAAAUACCCUGUAUUUGAUUUGUUUUACAAGCUAAUGGUAUUCCAUUUGAGGGAAAUUUUGCAUGAAAAAAGUACGUUUUAUUGCUGUUUGUUACCACUUGAUAUAAUGUGAAUUAAGUCAAUCAUGUCUCAUUCAUGAUGUUAAUGCUACUGCUGUUUGGUUUGUUUCCUGGGGGCAAAAAUGCACUAAUUUGUGUGUAUGUGGGUGGGUCAUGUCACCAAUGCUCUCGGGCAAUGAGAGGACUCUUGUGGAUGUAUUCCCUUGAGCGUAUCUCCUCCUAGGAAGAGAUUUAUUGAGGUCCAAAUCAACCCCACCCCCCCACCCCUAGGCACUUGGGUCGAUCCAAAAUCACCCUAGCCACUUCGGAAAUCUGAAUGGAUUGGAUAGGUUAAAUCAAUGGUGAAAGCUUUACCUGAGCUUGCCUUCUGAUAAGCCAAGUGGAACUCUUGCCAUAUUGCCUUCACCUAUACAAUACUUCCUGAUCUAAGGUUUGAUUUUUGGAUUGGGCUACAGAAUCAAUGGUCCCUUGUCCUACCACCAUGCAUGUACUGUACCUGUUGAAUGUGUGGCUCUUGCCUGUUUGUGUAGGCUUGUCAAGCUCUUUGUUGCCAGAACGUAUGUGCCAUAUUCCUCCUUUCUCAUGCAGCAAGGAGGUUGUAUUAUGUAAGUGUAUAUUUGUGCACAGCAGUAAGGGGCUAACUUCACACACAUACUUUACCUGUAUGAUUGACUACUAUACAGAAUAACUAAUGUAUUAGAAAAAAGGUAACACGGUUGUUUGUGGGUUUGAAAGCCACUUGUCUUUCACUGUUCGUUGAGGUGGAUUGUUUUGUUUUCCACACAGGCAAAAAAUUUGAACUAUUUGAAAUUACAUUCAGGUAAAAUCACUGUUUUAUAAAGUGGAACUUAUCCUCUGUUUUUCUGUACGCUGCUUUUCAGUUGUUUUUUUUAAGCAUUUUGUAUUGGAUUUGAGAGGCCUAGUUGUUGACUUUAUUUUAAUUAAUAUCUUUAUUUUGAUAAAGAACAUUAAAGUUGAGAGGAAAAAUAGA